GAGGGACCGAGGAUGCUACGGGCGCUGCUCACCCUCCUGCUGCUGCUCGCCCGCCCGCCGCCCGUCGCCGCCCUUCCCGCCACCACCGACGGCUCCGUCCCGGCGGCCGGGCUCGGGGCUCGGGGCCGCCCUCUCUGGCCGCCGCUGGCAUCGCCGGCCUUGGGGCCGUGGAGAGGGCGGCGGGACGAGCCGCCACUUUCCAUCGACCUCACCUUCCACCUCCUGCGGCAUCUCCUGCUCCUCGCCCGCGCCCAGAGCCAGCGCGCCCGCGCCGACUCCAACCGCCGCAUCCUCGACGCCGUGGGGCGCUGA